CAGCAUUGACGUAUUUUGGACCUCACGCAACAUGGCGUCACCGAUGUCGACGCUCUCACCCGAGAAAUUAAACGCUAAUCCACACGCUAUGCAGUACGAGGACGACCUCGAUAUUUACGAUGAAGGGCCCUCCAGCCCGUUCCUCGAGAACGUCGAACACAACCAAGAGAACGUCGCACCCAGUGUUGCGGUGACACCGGCCAAGCAGCAAUUGAUCGAUUUUGAGAAUGACAAUGUACCGCAGUCGGCCUCCAGGGUCGAGGCGGGGAAGAAAGCUGGUUUGAAGGAGCGCAGCAGCCCGCUAAAGAAGUCGCCGGUUAAGAACUUGCUAGAGGAUUUUGAGGAUGCGGCAGUGCAGACACCCAACAGAAGUCGCGCAAGCACUCUGAAGAGCUCCCCGGUCAAGCAACACAUUGUCGCGGAUUUUGAGGGCGCGACAACACAAACACCAAACAGAAGCCGCGCCGGCACCGUGAGUGGCUCUCCGGCCAAGUCGCCGGCCAGAUCAUACGUUGCUGAGGAGCGCCCGGACUCUUCUAUGAGCAAUCGCACUCGCAAGAGCCGAUCACCAUCGAAGUCUUCUGUCCUCUCCUCCGUUCCCUCUGAUUUCGACGUCGAGGCGACACCACGCGCGCCCUCGCUCGGCGCUGCCAUCGACCUAGUUCCUACAUCUUCGAAGCGGCCGUCGCCAUCACAGACGCCUUCGCGCCAUAGCGCUGAACUGCGCGACAAUGAGGGGCUCACAGUCGCAGCAAACAGGUUCAUGGAGGAUGCGGAUAUUGGCCGAAGUCAUAAGAGACGGAAGUCGCACGAGAACCCAUAUGAGGUGAACAUGGAGGCCGACAUUACAGAGUUCAAUCCGGACGCCACAACACCAGACAUCGACGACACCCACUUUAGCGACUUCUCCGAGAUGCCGGGUCUCGACAUGACCAAGUUUGCAUCGUUCAGGAAGAGCCCCACAAAGAAGGGCGAUGCGACACCACGCGCACGCGCACAAAUGACUCCUUCUACAGUCCGUCGAUCGGAACGCACACCUUCGCCUACACCUCGCCGCUCAUACCGAGACAACGACACAACAAACCUGCUGCUUGACUUCACAGCUCAGAUCGAGUCUUUUGCAGCUUCUCGAAACGGUACGCCUUCGCAUGCCAACGGCAAGCCGACCACAGAACCAAACCUUCGCUCGUACUACCAAAAUAAGCGCUCGCCAGCCAAAGGCGGCUACGUCCCGGCUACACCUGGCCAGAAUCGCCCGUUGUUGAACCUUCUCGAUUUCGAACUACCUCCACCACCCACACCACGAUCGCUGCCGACCGUGACCAUUCGCGAGAUGGAGUCCGCUAAAUCGCAGUUCCAGUCGCAGAUUUCUUCACUCACGGCUAGCCUGUCCGGGAAGGAAGCUGAGGUUGAGUCUUUAUCAAGAGCAGUUGCGGAUGCCGAGCGUCGCGUAGGUGAAGCACAGGAAACUGUGCGCGACGAGCGGUCUGCGCGUGAGUAUGCUGAGGCGCAGAUGGAAGAUUGGAAGAAGAAAGGCGAGGAAGUGCAAACUAUCCUCCAGGACGUUCAGUCUGAGCUUGCACGCAACGACGAGGAGCGUGACCAGUUUCUUGCACGCUUAGCCGAAGCAGAGAAGCGCGCUGAAGACGCAGAAAACCGUUCUACGGAGCUGGAGACCAGGCUCAUCGAGGCUGAGAGCAAGAAUGUCGACAUGACAACUUUCAUCAACAAUGAUGAGGAUGAGAACAAGAAGAUCUACUCAGAGAUGGAGUGUCAGUCCGCUAUUGCUGAGAAGGUCAAUGAGGUCGCACGAGACCUCCACGCUGCCUACAAGGCGAAGCAUGAGAAGAAGAUCAAGGCACUCAAGGACAACUACCAGAAGAAGGCUGAUGAGCGCUGCAAGGAGCUCCGCGUCCAGAUCACCAGAUUGGAACGACAAAUUGGCGACGCUGAAGACAAGCGUGACGACACUUUCAGCAAGUUCGAGGAAUUUGGAUCCAAGUCCAACGGUCCCUGCGAGACUUGCGCAAAGAACGCAGCCGCAGGACCUGUUUCCAGCCCAGAAGACAUCCACAACCUCGAAGUCCAGCGUUCAGAAAUCGAGAACCUCAAGGCCAAGCUCGCAGGUCUGCAAUCCGAACUGCACUCACUCCGCAAGUCGCAGCAGAUCCUCCUCGAAGAACUCGAAGCCGAGCGCGUCGAAAAGGGCGAACUUGUUGCAGCUGCAGAACAGAUGCUCGUCCUUUGUGGCGAGAAGAUGGAGUCAAUGCAACAGGAAGACUUCCGCCGCAGCCAAGCAGCUCCUGCACAGCCGCCUCUUGAACCACGACCAACCAGCAAGCCCACGAGACAGCAGCCGGCACCUGAGCAGGCAAUGCGUAACACAGGUUUCCUCGCAGGCGGCAGCUCAGUCAGCUCCUCAGCCUCCCGCCCAGGGUCAUCACUAUCGAGCAGCCGACCAGGCGACUCAAAGCCGAAGCCCAGCGGUAUGCGCGCGCCAGGUGGUUUUGGCUUCAAAGCCGUUGGCGAGUCGGCGUUGAGCAGGAGUCAGAGUGGUGCGGGCAAGAGCAGGCUCUUGUCGAACAUCGAGCGCAUGGGCAACACCAAGGGCCAGGAGUAGAAUGUCUGGCCUGGUAGUCUGAAGAAUCGGUUUGGCAGUGUUUGGGGGAUCAGGACGGUUUCUACGACGUCUACGGCGAGUGUGGAUAGUACUGGGAUGGACGAAUGAUGAGGUGGGCUAUGGGCAUAUCGGCGUUCGGUUGAUCGGGUAUGACGGUGGGUGGGCUUGCUGGAUUCUGGUGGCGGAAUGACCUAUGGUCGUACGCUCACUUGGGAUGCCUUUGUGUGUUCUGCAUAUCUCUCUUUUCG